AUGGCUUAUGCUGAAAUCAUCAAAUCCCUCAAUUCUAUUGAUGAGUUUGGAUAUGUUACUUGGCUUCAAAAGUUACAUCUCAAACCAAGAGUGGAGCUCUUUUGGUGGAGAUUGGGUAGGUUUGCCAUUCCUACCAAUGAGUUUCUGAAAUAUAGACGUAUUGGUAAUUGCGACCUUUGUGCUAGAGGUUGUCCUGAAGUGGAAAGUUGUGCUCAUGUUGCGGUCCAUUGCAAAUACCUCAUUGACAUUAUUCGUAUGUUGAGAUCUUGGGGUUUCAACAUCCCCCUUUUCAGCUCGUUAGCUGAUUGCCUUCACCAUUUAAGACAUCUUUCCAAAAUAAGUUUGGACAUUGUCAAGAUUUACUACACAGCUGUCUUCUUCUCCUGGAAUUGCAGAAAUGAUGUUAAGCAUGGCAACCCCAUUCUACCCAUUUCGGUGACUGCUACUAACGUCCUAUUCACUGCCACUAAUAAAAAUCCAAUGCUAGUUAACUGGGAUGUCUCUCUCCUUAGGGAGUCCAAUUCUUCAUGGCACCCCCCACCACCGGAUUGGAUAAAAAUUAAUGUUGAUGCAUCUUUAGUGGACUCAAAUUUGGCUAGCCUUGGAGGUGUUGUCUGUGACUCCAUGGGAAGACUGCUCCUAGCCUUCAGUAAGCAGAAAAUUCAUUGGGAUGUUAACCAACUUGAGUUGGAUGCUGUUUUCUCCUUGAAAGAAUUCAUCAAAGAUUGGAUAUUUGAAAGCAAAGGUUUAAUAAUCGAGGGAGAUAACCACAAUGCCAUCAAAUUUCUCCAUGAUUCCGUGAAGAAAUCUAAGACCAACAACCAGAUUUCCGAGAAGAUUUCAUUCCUUCAUGACCUUAAUAAGGUUAUCUUCCAUCACACAUCUAGGAAUUGUAACAAGGUUACUGACUUGUGUGCUACUCUUGCUCUGGACAAUAGUUUUUGUUUUGAUUCUUUUACUUCUUCUGAUAUUCCUUCUUCCUUGUCCGAAUUGUUGAAGAAGGAAUAUGAGAUUUGCACUUCUUGA